AUGGCCGACAACACCAGAAUGAAGGAGCUUGCAGCGGAGGUUAAACGGCAAGGCGAAGUUCUGGAGAAGAACGAACAGGCAAAUGCAGCUCGUUUUGCGAGAAUGGAGACGAUGCAGUUGUCAUCGGAGUCACGCUUUGUGGAGUUGUCGAAAUCGAUGGAAAUGAUGUUGAAACAGAUGCAAGCUCUCAAUGUCACCCAUGGAAGCACGAACUCAGCGUCUCAGACAUCAACCAUAUCUCACUCAUCAUCGUCGGGACCUCCAUUUCAUGUUCGCAACAUUAAGCUGGAAUUUCCAAGGUUUAAUGGUAAGAAUGUACUCGAUUGGAUUUUCAAGGCUGAACAAUUUUUUGGUUAUUAUCAUACUCCAGAUCCGGAAAGAUUGAUUAUCGCUUCUGUUCACCUAGAACAAGAAGUUGUUCCGUGGUUCCAAAUGGUUACUAGAUCUCAGCCAUUUCAAUCAUGGCAUGAUUUUACACGAGCUCUUGAGCUGGAUUUUGGUCCCUCAAUUUAUGAUUGCCCAAGAGCAUCUCUAUUUAAACUGCAACAAACAAAAUCUGUUAAUGAUUAUUACCUUGAAUUCACUUCCUUGUCCAAUCGUGUUUAUGGAUUAAGUAAUGAUGCAUUAAUUGAUUGUUUUGUGAGUGGCUUGAAAGAGGAAAUUCGUAGAGAUGUUAUGUUGCAUUGUCCUAUUUCAAUUGUGAAGGCUGUGUCUAUUGCCAAGUUAUUUGAGAAAAAAUUGACUGCUCAGAAAUCUGUGUCUGCUCCACAGAAAUCAGUUUAUCACCAAAAUAGAACUCACUUCAAUCCAACCAGAAAUGACCAAACACAAACUACCGAAAAAGCCCCCAACCCACCCUUACUUCCCACACCACCUACUAGACCUAUGAGCCAAUUCCAAAAGAACCCCGCAAUCAAAAGGAUUUCUCCAGCAAAGAUGCAAUUGAGAAGGGAGAAAGGCCUGUGUUACUUUUGCGAUGACAAAUUCUCUUUUUCACAUAAGUGCCCAAACAAGCAUUUGAUGUUAUUGGAGUUGAGUGAUGAUCCUGAAAAUCUCAAUUCACCUACCUCAGUAGACAUAAAUAAUACAGCCGAGUCUGAAGAGAUGACAGAGCACCACUUAUCUUUUAAUGCCUUCCAUGGAGCUACAGGAAUGGGUGUGAUCCGCUUUAAGGGCUAUAUUGGUCCUAUUUGUGUUUCGAUUUUGGUUGAUGGAGGAAGUUCAGAUAGCUUUAUUCAACCACGUAUUGUUAAGUGCCUCAAUUUAGAUGUGGAACCAACUAACGGGUGCAAGGUUCUGGUUGGAAAUGGACAAAACAUGAAGACUGAAGGCGUGGUCAAGAAAUUGUCUCUGAAGAUACAGGGCAUUGAGGUUACUGUGCCUGCUUAUCUCUUGCCUGUCGCAGGGGCGGAUGUCAUUUUAGGCGCCCCAUGGUUAGCUUCAUUGGGACCUCAUGUAGCUGACUAUGCUACAUCCAUGUUAAAAUUUUACCUAGAUGGAAAGUUUGUCACAUUGCAAGGUGAAGUUGGUAACAAGCCGGUGGUCGCACAGCUGAAUCUUUUCAAAAGAUUAAACCAAAUGAAUGCAAUUAGUGAGUUGUUUAAUAUCCAAAAUAUUGAUCAUGUUGUUCUAGAGGAUAAUUGGAAUGGUAGAACCGUUGAUCUUGAUCCGGAAAUGAGUACACUGUUGCAUACAUACAGAGAGAUAUUUCAAAUACCUAAAGGACUACCUCCCACGUGA